CUUAGAGGGGAGCUCAGUUUGUGUGAGGCUCUCAGAGCGCAGCCAUGGGGAACAGUGCGGCCAGAGAGGACUUUGAGUGGGUCUACACUGACCAGCCUCAUGCGGACAGGAGGAAGGAGAUUCUGGCCAAAUAUCCCGAGAUUAAAUCCCUGAUGAAGCCGGAUCACAACUUGAUUUGGAUUGUGUCCUUGAUGGUCCUUACCCAACUGGUGGCUUUUUAUCUGGUGAAAGAUUUGGACUGGAAGUGGCUCUUGUUCUGGACUUACGUGGUUGGGAGCUGCAUUAGCCACUCCAUGACCCUGGCCAUCCACGAGAUCUCUCACAACAGCGCCUUCGGUAACAGCAAAGCCAUGUGGAACCGGUGCUUCGGCAUGUUCGCCAAUCUGCCCCUGGGCUUGCCCUACUCCGUCUCUUUCAAGCGGUACCACAUGGAUCACCACCGCUACCUCGGGGGGGAUGGCGUCGAUGUUGAUAUCCCCACAGACUUUGAGGGCUGGUUUUUCUGUACUCCGCUGAGGAAGCUUGUGUGGAUUAUACUCCAGCCCCUUUUCUACACCAUCCGCCCCCUGUGUAUCAACCCCAAGCCAAUCACGCGGCUGGAGAUCAUCAACCUGGUGGUGCAGUUCUCUUUUGAUGCCUUAAUUUAUUAUACCUUGGGAGGGAAAGCUCUGUUUUACAUGCUUGUAGGCUCCAUCCUCGGCCUCGGACUCCACCCCAUUUCAGGACACUUCAUAGCCGAGCAUUACAUGUUCUUAAAGGGCCACGAGACCUACUCUUAUUAUGGACCUUUAAACUACUUGACCUUUAAUGUUGGCUACCACAAUGAACAUCAUGACUUUCCUAGUGUCCCUGGGAAAAACCUGCCACUGGUGCGGAAAAUCGCAGCUGAAUAUUACGACCCCUUGCCGAAGUACAGCUCCUGGGUCAAGGUGCUCUACGACUUCGUGAUGGAUGACACCCUGAGCCCCUACUCCCGUAUGAAAAGGAAACUGAAAGGAGAUCUCAAGCUGGAGUAAAGUCAGUGUGGGACUGGGCACCUCGGAGCUUGGAAGGUUUCCCAACGGGGGCAACUGAAUGAGCAAAUUGCUGGAAGCCUCUCCAGUCUCGUACUGUAGGUGUUUCCCAAUUGGUAGCUUUCCCAAGCCCCCGGGGGUGAUUGUGCAGCACUAGGCAGGGCCCUUACCAACGUUGUUUUUCCCAGAGCACCUUGCUGUUUCGGUAGCUUACCUAACGCACGCGCAUACUGACCGGCACCGUGCCCAAAGCAGGCAACAAAGUAUAAUAAGUGCACCCCAGCCUUUAUUUCCUAUUGCAAUCCCUGUAGCGCCGACGCUCUGUGUAGCCAGUCCCCACGCUGCAGGGGGGGCACAUAAUUAGGGCUUUUAUAUGGUGCCAUUGGCUUUGUUACCUGCCACGCAGGCCAAAGUGACUGGUUUUGUCGCUGGGUGAACAAAGCGGCAGUUGCGGACGUCCGUGCAAGUGAAGAUUUAUCAUGGAGUAUAAAUUCUUUAGGGUGCGCUCUGUCUGUUUAACCCCUUCUGCUGCUUUUACUACUUAAACCGCUCUGUUUUAAACACUGAAGCAAAACGAAGCCGAAUUGUGAUGUUAUUUUAGUUACUCUGAACAUUACAGGUAAGAGAGGGCAGGGCAUUUGCACCGCUCACCAGUACCUUCAUUAUUAUUAUUACCCCUCUACCACACACAUCACCUUCAGUGCCUUUCCGUCAGCGUUUUUAUGUAAUCCUGCACUAUUCUCAGUCAUUGCAGGGGGCAACCCCAAUCUGGGACGGGCAGAUAUAGUAAGGAUCAUAAUAGUACCCAUUCAGGCACAUCAGGCACUUUCUCAUUUGUAUAUAUACAAUUCCCCAAACAGUUAACCUCCCACUAAUAUCUUCAGGCCAUAAGGAAGUUCUUUGGGGGCAAUGAUCUCUGCUUUAGCCUUUGUAAGAUAAGGAGUGCAUAGAUCAGGGCUCCCUAGCUGGCAUAUUGUUUAUCACAAGGCACAUAAACCCUUGGAACAAAGCGCUGAUACCUCCCCGGGCAACUGAGACUCCUCAGUGUAAAACAUAAAGGGACUUGCCCUUGCCUCCCAGAAGGUACAGAGGGGACUAUUGGGCCAUAUGUAUGUUUGCCCAUUCUAUUGCGGGGUAUGAGACAACCAGACUGUCUAGUAAAGUGAACUUGCAACUGCAGGCAGAAUAGCUAUGGGGGUCUAACCUGGGAAAGGCAUUGCCCUGUUCAGCUUGGGAACAGCUAUGGGGGUCUAACCCGGGAAAGGCAUUGCCCUGUUCAGCUUAUUUGCCAAGUGGCUAGUGAUGUCAAGCAUAUACCUAGAACUUAAUAACAUACUAAAAGUUAAUGUAAAAGUGAACUGCCCCUUUCACGCCCCUUUCUCAGUUUAGAAUAUGCAGCUUUAUAUUCAGUUCAGCAUUCAUCCAGUUUUAUAGUGGAGAAUUCAAUAUUGGACUGAAUGCAAAAACCGUAGUUUCCCUGCUCCAUAGCGCCCCCUUAGGGCCAAGACACGGGGCAAUUAGACCAAUCAACCGGCUGCAAACUGCGCUCGCUUGCCUGGGACUUACUGUGUGGGAAAGGAAAGCUGUUGGUUGAGACGUUGCUGCCCGCCCCCCCAUUCUAUCAUUUCCUCACUCGCCCCUGUGUGGAACCCUCACUAUCACUGUUAAUGAGAAUAGAACUGGUCCAAUAUUUGCUUGUUAAAAAGCUGCUUUCAUUAAUGUAUCAGUAUUAAAAGGAAAUAUUUGUUGUGUCUUAUUAAAGUUUAUUAAAUCUA